UCUCAUUGGCCCGGACGCGCCGGAAGCGGCGCCGGUCGGAGGCGGCCCGCUCCUCCGUCGCUUGGCGUGGCGCCCGCCGCGGCCUGCCUCAGGCCUCCUGUUCGCUCCCCUCUCUCGCACCUUUCCGGCGGGGAGGAUCGCGUUUGCUUGCCUGGCUGCCGGAGCCCUUGGCGUUACUGCAGACCCGCGAACUUGCUGGUCCGGGGCUGGUGAGCCGGAGUGUCAUGUAGCAGCUUAAAAUUUUCAUGUGAAAACAGAAAAUGGCUUCAAGAGGAACAAUAGAGACCAGUAAACUAAAACAAAACUUGGAAGAGCAGCUGGAUAGAUUAAUGCAGCAGCUUCAAGAUCUGGAGGAAUGCAGAGAGGAGCUGGACGCAGAUGAGUAUGAAGAGACCAAAAAAGAAACUCUAGAACAGCUGAGUGAGAUCAAUGACUCCCUCAAGAAGAUUAUGUCUGGAGAUAUGACUCUGGUGGACGAGCUCAGCGGGAUGCAACUGGCAAUACAAGCAGCCAUCAGCCAAGCAUUUAAAACUCCGGAAGUAAUUAGAAUGUUUGCAAAGAAACAACCAAGGCAAUUGAGGACAAGGUUGGCAGAGAUGGACCGAGACUUAAUGGUUGGGAAGUUGGGACGAGACCUAUACACACAGCAGAAAGUGGAAAUCCUGACUGCACUCAGAAAGCUUGGUGAGAAGCUCACUCCAGAUGAUGAGAUGUUCUUGUCAGCAAAUGCUGGUGCAGCCCUGAGCCAGUUUGAGAGAGUCUCCACUGACCUUGGAUCAGGAGACAAAGUUUUUGCUCUAGCAAGUUUUGAAGUAGAAAAGGCAAAACAAUGAAGAGGUGCGUGAGGCUUGUGUCUCUCCAGUUAUCAGCAGCAUUGGACUUCUGUCACAUUGCAUUUGUUUUUUCUAUUUUUAACACAUUGAAAAAAAGAAAAGCAAAACAAAAACAAAAAAACUCAAACCCUAAACCUCUUGGGUUCUUAACCAGAAGAUACGAAGUAAACAGCCUUAAGUGCACUUUGGAACCUUGGUGUCUGUACCCCUUAGUAAUAUAAGCUCUGAGGCUGAAAACUAAGUGGUACUCUAAAAACAAAAGCAUGGUAUGACUGUCUUUGGAAAGAAUCAGCUAUUCUGAACUUCUCUGAAUGUGUCUUUCUCUAACUAUUAAAAUGUAAUCUUUUUGCAUGUGGUUGUAGCAAGCAGAUCUUAUUCAGGAGCAGUCCUACUGAGAGAGUGGGUUUUUGGGUGAUUCUUCAUGUAGCUCUCAAGUUGUCUUAAUUUUUGUGUGGACUCCCUACUAAGGGGCUUGUACUAGGAAUGCACUGAAGCUUUGAAAAAUUGACAUAGUUUAUUUGAAAUGCCAUCUUUCUACAAACUGUUUGCAGAAGAACCAAAAUGAGACUGUAUAGUGAUCAUUGGCCCUUAGCUGCUUGUUUGCUGUGCACAUGAAUGAGCACCAUUGUGUCCUAGCCUUGACUGACAAACAAUGGAAGCCCUGUAGGGAGGCUUCUGGAGUAGUUUAACCUUGUGUAUUGAAAGACCUGGAAUUGCUAGGAAAUGGCAAUGAGAAGCCUUUUCUGUGACCUUGUACUUUAGCUCUGGGUGUAGAACUACAUGCUACCGUUAUUUCCCAGUAUUUCUGAGAUAGCGUGAAAUAGCUUGCAAGUAGAAACAAGUUUAGAAAGGGGGGAAAAGCUCUCAUUACGUGAUCGGUACAAGUGUUGCUCAGUCUAUUUAUCAGAUGGUGGUGCUGUGGAGAGGGGAGGGUCUGUCCCUCUGCAGAGGAGUUAGAAUCCUCAAUAAUCUCAGAGUGUAGGAGGAUUUAAAAUCUCCUAUUGUUGAAUUUCUAGCUCUGAGUGUGGAGAAACUACUUGGGACUCCAGAUGUGUGUUUAAUUUCCUGAUAAGCUAUUUUUUUGUAAAAUCAAUAUUAGGGAUCUUGUUCUUGAAGUACUAGCUGCUUCACACUUUAAUUCAGUACUUGUUAGCAUUUUGUCUGAGCUGAUUGGAAGCCUGUAUUUCACUGAGAAUUUUUUCAGCUUGAGAAAUGUGCAUUUCAGGUCUGCUCUACCCUGGUUAUAUAUAUUCAGGCACUGAUCUAAUGAUAUUGGCAACCAAAAAAAAAGGCAUUUCUUAAUUGAAUUUCAUACUUGUUCCCUUUCUUAUUUUACCACUAGCUAAAGUAUACAGCUUCUAGCUGUAACAAAAAAUGGAAAAAAAAAAAAAACCCACCAUGCAAAAAAAGUGAUUUCAUGCAAAAAAAAGUAAUUUACCCUCUAUUUCUGUGCAAAAAGAGUUCAAACAUUAGACAGUUUUGGAUCCUUUGGACUAUAUGUUUUACAGGGAGUUAGCACUUCCUUUCUUUGGAGAGCUUCAGAAGUGGAGGAAGCGUUACGAAAUCUCAUUGGCAAAAGGAGAAUUUGGCUGUGAGUGUGUUGACAUGCUAUUAUUAUCUGGCACCCCUCAGAGAAAGUGUGACUUGCCAGUCACAGAUACAGUCAGUUCUCCUUCCCGUAAGGUGGGGCAGAAGUGUAUCAAGAGAAGAAAGCUACCAUUUUGCUGCUUAAACUCCACAAAUUUUCUAUUUUUUCUAAGUGAUAAAUUUAUGUUUCCUUAAAUGAGAGCAAAGUACAAUAACCAAAUGCCAUAGUGGUUUAUGCUAACUCUCCAGCAAAUGACAUUAAAAAGAGGUUAAACAGAGAUGUCUACCUAUAUUGCGAAGGUGAUAGGUGUAUUUUCAGGACAAACAGAUUUUGCUUUGGUUUUAGUGGUUGGGAUUUUUUUCUUUGGCUACAUGUAUUAUUUCAGUUUUAGGCAUGUUUCUGAACUGACCUGUAAAAUGCGGUAACUGCCAUCUCAGAAGAAUUCCUAGGAAAAAAGUGAUCUUGUUUCCAUCUUGUUAGUGCUUUGAAUUAUAAAAAUUAAGAAAUACAUGUACUAAAAGGAUGAUAUUGAAUUCUUUUAGACUUAGUAAUGGUUUAUAAACCAAGUUUUAAACCCAAAUGUUGGGUAGAUUCAGUUCCAGUUUAUGGUGGCACAGCUAUUUUUGGCAACAGUAGAGUUGGACCUGCGUUUGUCAGCAGUGAAGGUGACCAGCUGUCUUGAGGAAUCCUGUGUUUAACGGAUUAGAGCAUCUGUGUUUUACCUAUCAGAUAUAUAUCGUAGGCUUUUAUAGCUAGAAUUGAGCUUCAGUAAGAACUGCCAUUAAAUUGAGUGAGUGGAGUGGAAAUAGUCUUAAAUUUGGAUAGCCUAUUGCAAUGUUAAUCUCAGUGUCACAUAGUAGUCACUUAAAGACUAAGUGUGUCGCAUAGACAAUAAACAGAAAAUUAACAUGAUCGGUCAUAAUUUAGAUUGCACUUACAGGGCAUAAAUAUCCUAUAAAUAAGCAAGUUUGUCUAAUUGUAAACUAGGACUGGAGUAGAGUAAACCAGAAAAUGUGUUUUUUUACAAUGUAUUUUACUUUAAUAGAUAUCCUUUUGAAAUCUAGUAUUUUAGAAAUGAAAGGAUACACAGUAUAGACAGCAUAAUUUGUGUCUUUCACUGAUGGAACUUUUUUCUCCUUUCUUUUUUUUUUAAGAAGCUUUUAUUUAGAUGGGGUCUUUUGUCCAUUAUAUGAGAACUAUUUUCCUGUCUGGGGCAGUAUUAUGUUCUCUGACAAAGGCUGAUUGCAGCUUUAUAGCUGGGAGCAGCUUAUUAAAAGGCGUUAUUAGACAGUCUAAAAUUAUUGAAAACAAAACAGUCUAUGGGGACUGUAGCUGCCUUCUUUUCCUUUCUGCUCAUUACUGGUGCUAAGUAACUCUUCUCCCUCCACAUCCCCCAACCUGCUUGCAGCAUUAGUAUGUAAAUUAAAUCUCUCAGCACCCCCACAGAUCACAGUAAGUUUACAGUACGAUAGGGAAAUCUUUUUCCUUGUAGUUUGAGAGGUGUAUGUUUCCAGGAGAAACUCUUUUUUUAAUGGAUUUGCAAAUAUUUCAAGAUUUUUUCGAAGUUUCUGUACUGCAGGCAGUUGUAAAAUUCCUGUUAAAUUUAUCCUUGACUGACUAUCUUUUUUAACAUUGCACUCCUUUUGCUCUUGAAAAGAUCUCUCGUGAUUUAGAUGGAUAAAGAUGAGACUGAGAUCAGUGACCAAUAUUAUUGCAAGAUUCAGUAUGCCAGGCCAGACUUGCCUUCUCAAAAGUUGUGAAGGGUCACAAAGCAGAGCUGUAACCCAGAGGCUGAAUAUGUCCUGCAGAAUGCCCUGACUAUAAAUGUAAUUUAACAAGGAAGGUGUUGCCAGUAUGAAGCUAUUCAUAUGUUGACCCUAGCAAAUAGUUAUGAAGUAAGCUACUUGAAGUGGUUAGAUUAAUUUCAGAGGCAUAGUAAGUUAAUUGGUGUGCUGUGCUAAAUAUUUUUCCAAAUAAUCCUGGGAUGUACCUCCACUAGUACCUCAAAUGUUUCUGCAGGGGCUAGAAAAAAGUCCAUAAUCUAUUUAUCAUAAUAAUCAUUUGCUCAAAUAAAAACUGGUAACAAAAGAACAACUCCUAAAUGAAAGUAUGGCUUUAUUGUUUAAUGUACAAGCUUGUGAUGUUUGAGUUCCAUCCCCGCCUCAGCAUUAGACCCAAGCAGAUCACUUAUUCUCUACACAUCUUUCUCUCCUGGAGUAAAAUACAGAUUAGGAUACUUGAAUAUCGAGUGCUAUGAAGUUAUUGAUCAUACAUUGCUUUGAAGUUUAAAAGUGCUUUGUUUUUUGUUUAUCAUUUUACUUCUGAAAUAAGAAUUACAAAGUACAGUAGCUUUAAACACAUCAGCAAAGUUGCCCAGAGUUCUUUUUGGCCAUAUAUAACUUCCCUUUUUAAAUCUUCUUUCUCUAGAAGAUCAAUCUAGUGAUUGUACUGAUCUAAAACAAAAAGUGUUAGAAAAUUGAAGCUUCAAAUGCUCUGUCUCUCUUCUGUCUUUGUCUCCUUGUAUUAUUUCCCUUCUUUGAUCUCGAAUGGAAAAGUAGCAAAUUACCUUUGUCUUAAAGGAAAAAUACAAGAUAUCUUAAGAAAUCCCUUAGUUCAUCAUGUAACCUUGCCUGUUAAAAUUGAAUUAAUUUUGAUAGAGAAUUCUGUAUUAAUGAUACCCUACUGACCAGGCAUUUAAGGCUGUAUCAUUAGUGGCUGAAAUGGUAGGCAAAUUAAAAAUAACCAUUUGGUUUUGUUUCCAGUAUGGCCAUUCCCUUCUUAUAUAAGGACAAAUGCAAUUUUUACAUCGUAAACAAAUAAAAGUCAGCCUGCAGGCAUUGUCCAGUUUCCCCCCUUCCAUCAUUUUAAAAUUAUCCUCACAGAGUUCUGGGGAAGUCUUUUCUAUUAGGGAAGUAAACUCUUAUUUCAAUUCUGUCUGCUUAGCUACCAGAGAGAGGAAUAGGAGUGCUCAUAUUGGAGUUUUUCUUUAGAAGUCAUGGAAAACAUGACACCUUGUCUUGCUAUGAGGUUGUAGGGGUUUUUUAACUUUCCUUUAAUAGGGUUUUACACCUGUGACGGAGAGGGGAGAAUUACUGGAGUUUAUGUUGCCCAAGGUUUCUCUCCCAUAACUUUUAAAUACCCAAGCUUCCCACCUCAGUCAAGCGGGAGCUGCUGAUGUUCAGAGCAUCUGAAAAGAUGGCCUAAAGUAUCUGACACUAUCUGACAGGAUAUAUAAAAAUGUUUCAGAAUAAGUAGUCUCUAAAAUAAGGUCUUAAAAGAGGAAAUGCAGACAUAAGGUUAGUGGAUAUAACUAUAUGUAAGGCGUUGCUGUAUCAUGCACUGAAAUAUCUACUGUAAUUUAACUCAGUAAUGUGUUCAUGAUAUAUUUAAUAGCAGAUUUCUUUUUAAAACAAGCUCUAAUCAUGGACAUCUCUUUUGAUCUUGCUAUCAUAAUAGUUUGCUGCUUGAUAAUAUUUAGGAUCGUGUUUUGGACAUGCCUCCAAAAAUGGGUGGGUAAUAAUCGCAGAUGUACUGAAAACCAUCAGGCAGAACCACCUGCAAAUCCUGUGGACAGAAGUGUUAAUGUCUGGGUAAAUAGUUCUUCUUUUGAUUGUUCAGUUAAUAUCUUUGUAAGGUGGGGGUUGAAACUAAGUCCUGUAAUGUUGUCUUAAAAGAGUGUGCUUUGCAACUUUGUAAAUACCAGAUUUCAUCUGGGAACACUUCUGGUUUUGAAUAAAAUAUGCAGCUGAGAA